AUGCCUCAGUCCUGGAACUGCGCCGUGAAGAUCGAAAAGUGCCGCUGGCUCGAGAGGAGGGCGGGGUACAAAGCUGCCAUGUUCUCAAAGAGCAGUACCAACAAAUCCAGCAAAGAGAGCAAGGACUCACUCGGCGAAGCUGGGGAAAACAGCUUUGGUGAGGGACGACCCUUUCCGCAGCUGGGGUCGUAUGACCGCCAUGACAGAAUCAAGAAGGCGGCGUACCUCUUACUGGAAGCACAAAAGGCUACUGCAGAGCAGACGCAAUUCUUCGAGACCUGGCUGAAGAUUGUGUUUGAUGAGGCUGUGCCAGUCUCGACUGAAGGUGCAACACAGCUGAGAGUACCUACCGACCUUGAGUCCCUUGAGCUGAGCAUCAAAGCUCCGAAGGAGCUGAUGCUAAGGCUUGCGAACCGUUUUCUCGAGGCUUGCAAGGUCCCGGACCUCCGCAUGCUCCAGCAGUUUGCCCAGCUGCAGUGGGAGAAGGACGAUGUCCCCGAGGUGUCAUUGUGGUGCAGGCUGAAGCGGUUGGGGAGUGCUUGCCCUGGCGUUGAUGCUGGCUUUCACUUAGACCAGUCCAUGGAGUGGCUGGUUACAGAUAUUGUUGUUCCCAAAAGUGAGGACCAGGCAAACUUGCGAAACAACGCUAUGUCCCACCGCCUUGUUCCUUUCGCAUAUGGCGCAUCCCUGUUCCCCAUCGAGCCCGAAUCCUCCUUGACCUUCGAUAUGGAGACAGGAUCCAUGAAGUCGUCAAUCCUCUCUGCCCUCUUCAUGUUUGGAGCUAUGGGCUUUGCAAAGCCCGAAGAUCUUGGUUUGACCGCAAUCACUCACGUGGAUGCCAUGAAGUGCUAUUUGCUUGCAGCGCUUGGUCCGAAGGGAUUGACUCGAAUGGCGCUACGCUUUGAGAAGCCUCAGGCCACAUGCGUUGCGGAUCUCACGUCCGCGUGCAAUAUCAAAAUACGCACUGAUGUCAUCGCCGAUAUCGAAAUUGAGCUGGACAAGACGCCUGGCUUUGUCGAGUAUGCUGCUGAGAUGCGAGGCUACACCGUCACGGUGGGCUACGUUUUGUGA